AUGUCCUCCUUUGCAGCUCUUGAACGCCAGCUACGCCCCAUCUAUGAUUCGUUAGAUACUGGUUCAAACAAGUCGGCGGUCGUUGCAUGCAAUAAGCUGCUCAAAAAGCAUCCUGGUAACGAGCUGGUCAAGGCGCUCAAAGCACUCGCUCUCGUCCGUCUCCAAAAAGUAGAAGAGUCCUUGGUCUUAUGCGACGAGGUAUUGGCGUCGAAGCCUACUGAUGAUGCCGUCUUGACCGCCAUGAUGCACGUCCUCCGUGGGCUUGGUCGCAAUAUUGAUACAGUCACCAUGUUCGAGGAGGCCUUCAAGCAACAACCCUCGAAUGAAGAGCUGGGAGCACAGACUUUCUUUGCCAAUGUCCGUGCCGGCCAUUGGAAGUCAGCUCAACAGAUCGCCACACGUAUGCACAAGCAAUUCCACGAGGACCGAUACUUGUAUUGGAGUGUCAUUAGCACCGUCUUACAGGCCAAUGACACAACGACACCUUCGAGCAUGAAGAACCUGCUGUACAAGCUUGCUCACCGGCUUAUCACCUCAGGAAAGGCACCGUCAUAUGUGCACACCGAUCGUUUCCAUCUCCACUUGUCUAUUCUUCGAGAGCUGGAGCUUUACGAUGAAGCGCGCGUUCUUCUGGACCAUGACGUCGGGAAAUCCAUCUGUGCGGCCAACCUUGCUUGUGACGAGCUCCGACGCGACAUAACAAAGCUGCAAAACAGGCAAAAGCAAGAAGGAGAGUUUGCCGAGAGCAAAAUUGUCGAGAAAGGUGAUCGGAAUUGGCUCGAAUUCCUCUCCUUCCUCGACGCUGUGUUUAUCCUUGACACGGAGCCGGAUCAAUCGUCCGAAGCAUUCAAGACUGCUUGUCUCGAUCGCAUGGAGCAUGCACGACAAGUGCUGGAGAAAGUCUCAGAAAAGGAUGGCAAAAAGGACCGCUCAGGACCACUGGCAUUGUUAGAACUGGAGAAGAGAGCCCGCUCGUGUGAUAUCAAACAAGACGACGAACGGCUAUUAACUCUGUUAAAGAGCUAUUUCGAACAAUUCGGUGAUAAAGCCUGCUGUUAUGAAGACCUUCAGCCAUAUGUUGUACUCGACGGAGACGACCUCUCUAGCUGGACAUCCUUCUUGGAAUCCGUACCUUCCUCUAUAACGACUACCAACGAACUGCAACGCCGCAUUAAUGUCCAUAAAUUAUUACGCUGCAACCUCACCGCAUCGCAACUCACUCUAGAAGCAGAAACCACACGAGCAUCUUUGUAUUUUACAGAAUACCUUCAAACCCUUCCGCUAGGCGCUAAUCUACCGAACACCGAAUUACAGCCAGCGGACGAUCUGGCCAUCCUCGCUGGUUGCGCAUACGUCAACUUGUGGACGAUAUCAAAAGAAGAGAAAUACCUGUACAUCGCUGCUUCUCUUUUAGAAUACGGCCUCUUAAAGAGCAACGCCUCCUUUUUGAUGAGGCUCAUGCUUGUUCGCAUCUACCGACUGUUGGGUGCACCAACACUCGCACUGGAACACUACCGUGCCAUACAAACCAAACAGGUCCAGCAUGAUACCCUUUCGCAUUUUAUCCUUUCGCGUGCUUCGACCUUUUCUUUGGCUGCCACUGGCGACCUAACGUUUGCCACCGAAUGCCUAGAAACAAGCCAGAUAUACCUCAGCAACUCACAGGAAACGGCUGACUUCGUCGUUCGCGCAUUCACUGGCGAAAAGUACUCGCAAAUUCCCGAAUUCAUCACGUUCGAGGACCACUUGGAUAAUUCUCUACAAAGAGAUAUCAUCAAAAUGGAGCAUGUCCGCAUGCGAUUUACUCACGAAGUUGUCAACUCCGACAUCAUGGAUCUAGAGCUGAUAGAGUUGAAGUUCAUAUUCGAUCGCAAUCAUCACGACAACCGAGACUUCCAAAUUCUCCCUGAUUACCAGCCUAGAAUCAUACCGAAUUUCAAUGACCAAACGAUGUUAUUUGGUCGAGGGGAAGGGCAUGGUUGGUUGAUGACUCUCCUGCGAAUGUAUAUUCGCGCUCUACAACAAUCCUCCGAUCUCGACGAUACUGUGGAAGAGAAACUCCUUAUAGGUGACCGACCGAAACUCGCUGCAGACUCAGGAAACAAGGCCCCACUGCGCGACCGCCUACGCGAGAGACCGCAGGAAGACCUAGCUGAGCUGACACCCGACGAAGUCGCGUUACUCGAUUUCACAACCGGGUUGGCUGAUUGGCUGGGGUGCCACCACGAUUACAUCCGCCCGCCACCAUCUGUGGUACUCGCGGAGGCCGCCAAACAAUCAGAGCUUAAGACCGGACAUCCUCUAAAGGGUGUUGAAAUUCUGCCGACACCACCUAAUGGCUCUCCCAACGGUCACCACAAAAAGGACGAGGAAGCACCAGCAAUCACAGAGCCACCGGAGAUCGUUGUUAAUUUUUUCAACACCAUGAAGGCGCGCUUUGACGAGGCUCAGCAAUCGUCUGUCGUGGAUGCCCUUCAUGUUGCAACUCUCAUACAAGAGGCUUUUAUCUUCUUGGUCAUUGAGACGCUACGCUUCAAGUCUGCCUCUGUCAUCAAGAUCUACAAACUCAACUCGCUUGUCCAGAGUUUCAAAGCGAUCAAGACAAACGCUGUCGAGAUCCUGAAAGAUAUCUCUGUCUCAUUGGGUAAACAGAGCGAUCGGGAAUCAACUGCGGAGGCACGAAAGGUAUUUACGGAGUCCUGUUCUCCCAUCGUCACGCCAGAGGUGACUCACGAAUUUGUUCUGAAUGUCGCCAAGAAGGUGGGUGACGCGCGGAAAAAGGUGCUGGAGGGUGUCGGGAAAGGCAUGACUCGAGUCUGUUCCAAUCAUUCACAAUGA